AGUUGCUAAGUAACCUCUGCAGGGGAUGCUAAUUUCUAGUGUACAGUGAAUCAAAUUGUGCCGUUUCAGACGGAAAACUGAACUCGCUUUGAUAAAGAGGAUGGACGACGGCACCGAGUUAUCCCUGACCAUCGCUCAGAUCGUGCAGCGGCUGAAGGGAAGCCAUUUACACUCUCAGAUAGAGAGACAAGCCAAAGAGUGUUUACAUCAGCCCGAGAUAAAACUGGAGUCCCUUAAAGAGGACGUACGCAGUUUUCUCAAAACGUCAGGCUGGGAAAGGAAGCUGCAGAAUGCAGUAUACAGAGAACUGCAUGUCCAGCUGCCCCCGAGCCAUCCUGCGGCUCCUCCAGAGCAUCUCAAAGAGCCGCUGGUCUAUAUGCGCAAGGCACAGGCCAGCUGGGAGAAGCGUGUCCUCAAAAGCCUGAACAGCAUGAGUACAGAGCUUGAAGUGCCUCUGGCUCGCAUGAGGCCCGCAACGGAGCAGAGGGAGCUCGCCAGCAAAUGGAACGAGAUGGGCACAGAUGAACCAGAUUUAAGUCGUUUUAGACCUGUUUACGCCCCUAAAGACUUUCUGGAGGUGUUAAUCAGCUUGCGGAACCCGAAUCAUGAUAGGAGCGAGGACAUCAGCGCCAGGAGCCACUGGGGUCUCAUCCAGGUUCCCCUCAAUGUCAGGGACAUUCCACAGCUGAGACAGGCCUAUUCAGAGCUCAGCCUGACCACUGGGCAAUUGGGGAUUGAUGACCAUGCACACAUCCAUCCAGACUUAUUUGAAAACGAUUAUGUUCAAAUUGGGAAAAAAGUGCUUGAGGAGCAGGACAGCGCAGCAGCGCAGCAGUACAGCAGGCAGGGCUGCCCCACCGGGCUCCGUGCAGACCUGUGGGCCCUCAUCCUCAACUGUACAAACCAGCCACAGGAUGUGAUGCACUACGAACAGCUAAUGGCUGGAGUCAUACAACACGACCUGCUGGUGGACAACCUUAUCUAUAAGGAUGUGAAGCUCACUGCCAGUAAUGAUGACUACUACUUUGUGUUUGAAGACUUCCUCUAUCAGGUGUUGCUGUGUUUCUCUCGGGACACCGCCGUCUUGGAUCACUUCAAAUACAACAGUGCCACUCCUCCCAAAUCCUACAUUCAGGGGAAGACAGGAGAUGAAGAGUGUGCUGUUGUUUAUCCUCCCAACGGUGUAAUCCUUUUUCAUGGGUUUUCAAUGUAUGUGGCACCUUUGUGUUUCUUGUACAACGAGCCAUCCAAGCUGUACAGUGUAUUCAGGGAAAUGUACAUCCGCUACUUCUUCAGAUUACACUCCAUCUCCUCCUCGCCCUCGGGUAUCGUGUCUUUGUGCCUGCAGUUUGAGCGUCUGCUCCAGACCCACCUGCCUCAGCUCUUCUACCACCUUCGACAGAUCGGGGCGCAGCCGUUGCGUAUCGCCUUUAAGUGGAUGGUGCGGGCCUUUUCUGGCUAUCUGUCUACAGACCAGCUGCUUCUUCUGUGGGACCGAAUCCUGGGAUAUGAUUCACUGGAGGUAGUUGCAGUCCUAGCAGCUUCUGUGUUUGCCUUCCGCGCCGAGAACCUGAUGGAAGUGACGUCACUGGCUUCAGCUGAGGCUGUCCUCGCUGACCUUUCAACUCUGAAGGUCAUGCCGCUCAUCCAGAUCUUUCUAUUUGCCACCGCCAUCUGAGGAGCAAGGAAACUACAGUGUGUGAGUCGUGGUACGUACAUGUGUACACUUGGCGGAUAAAGAGAUGCUCAAAAAAUGCCAUAACCACACCAACACUAUUAACCAUCCAUCAAGAAAUGCCAGGCUAAAUAUCAAGGACAUCAAGAAAUGAAGGAACACAUGCAUUACACACUUAAUCUUGCACUGGUUCAAGCGAAAAGCCAAACAACUCUUUAGCGUGUAUGCACCAUAAAUAGUGAAUACCCUGUAUCAUGUUAUUGUGUUGUUAGAUAUUGUAAGUAUAGCCUACAAACCAGUAAGGUUAAAGUAACCUCCUUACGCCAUAUGCUCUGCAGGAAAGAUGAUACCCACAGCAGUGCUGGGAUCAUCUGAGUAGCUCGUCAGGUGAUGAGUUGCAUGGAACAGUAAUUGUAUUCCGAGAGAACAACAGUAACAUCUCCAAGCUUGGCUAAUGAAGUGUUAAUUAGCUCUUGCAAUUUAUUUUGCGCUUUAGCUCCUGCUUGUAACACUAUUAGAUAAUGCUGCUGCUGAUGAACGAGGAGAUUGGACUAGCUGCGCCAGCGUGUUGAAAAAUAACAGUCAAAAAACACAAACUGGAUUAAUAUGUAACUUAUAUGUUUAGAAGCUGCUGUGUGUACACAUAAUUUAUUGUAUUUAUGAAGAAAUCGCUCUCAAGGGACAUUUAGCACCUCCAGUGCCAGUAUUUAUUUCAUUAUGAACAUUUUUCAUUUUUAAAUUAUGCAUUUAAUUCCUGAAUGUAUUCACCUGUUUUGUACAGUUUUUCAAAAACACACAGUGUAUGUCACCUUUUUGAUUUAAAUGCAAUCAAAUAAUUUUUUUCAUUUAUUAUCAGCAGUGUUCUUUGUCAGUCAGUGCCAAUGCCUUUCAUCCACAUUUUAAUGUUCAUUAUGACCUCAAAUAACUCUUUUCUUUGCAAAUAAAAUGAUGUUUUGUUGAAUUGGA